GUGUAUUGAUAAAUAAAUGACGUGAAUACUAUUACAUUGCAAAAUGUAUUUGACUGACAUAGGUCAUAUAUUAUCUGCCAAAGAUCAGCCGAAAUGUCAACAAGAUAUUGACGGAAGUGUCCUAUUAAAGGGAGUUUACUGGUAUCUUAUGUACACCGCACGUGCUGGUACAAUGUCCACGAGCAUCGAACGAGGGAAGGAAACCCAUUAAGCAGGCGUCAAAUUUCAAGUUCAACUGGCGAGAUUAACGAACUUAAGAGCUCUCACGUCAGGGAGAAUGACCCAUAUUUGCAAAAAACACAACAAUGAACCACUUUCAAAAGAUCGUUCUCACGUACAGAUGAGGUCACGCUUCUUUUGUUUCCAAUCCCUUUCCGGUGCCGUAGACGCUUGACUGGUAUCUGAUUUUUCGUCUGUGAGCGGCAGCUGGGCGUCCGUGUGAGUCAGACUAAGGUUGUAUCGGUUCCAAGCACAGUGUGCUAGGCCGCUACACGGGUAAUAUCGGCAUAGAAUAUUAGUAGGGAGAAACCUCUAUGCCAUACAGACAUGUUUCUCCCACAUACAUAACAUAACAGUUUACGUUUGAGAGAAGAUCGCUGGAGUAUGAUUUAUAACGUUUAAAUGCAUCAUUGAAACACACUUUCAACCGGAAGGAAUUUAGUUAUUGGGUCAUGCGUAAAUAGCAAAUGUAAACAAACAAAUGCGCGUUUAAAUAUAUAUCAAAUAACAUAUAUAGCCUCAGUUCCUUACAAAUAAAUAGUGCUGUUCAUGUGAUAUAGAACUUCUUAUAAAGGAUAGUUGUGUGCCUAUUAUAUAAAAAGCGAUGUAUAUACUUUCAUUCGAAGUGUAAUGUUUAUAGCUAAAAAUGUUGGAUUGUAGAUUUAAAGGAGAUACGAUGAUGAUGAUGAAAGAAAAUAUCUGUGAUAAAAAACAACAACCACACGAGAAUUCGUGGAAAUAUGUCGGGCCUUUAAAAUGCACAAGCUCAUGUAUAGAUGGAACAUUUUAUAGAAAAAACAGGUGUAGUUAUAGGGGGUUGGGCCAGUGUUUCUCUGGACAUUUAUCUGUGAUAGUGACGCUGUUAGUUGUGUGUGUCCUUCACCUUGCGGUGGCGGCCCCUGCAGCCUCCUACCAGGACGCCACGGACUGGUACCGCCAACGGGAGCAACAGAUGGUGACGUACCUUGGUGAAUUUGGUUACAUUCAUGAUGCGAGCCGGGAGGCGGGGCCGGCAGGACUCACCUCUAAAGAGGCAUACACGGCCGCCAUCAAGCGUCUGCAGCGUUUCGCCCAUUUACCGGAAACCGGCGUAGUAGACAGACGAACACUAGAACUCAUGGAGCGGCCGCGAUGUGGCAAUAAAGACGAACUUGAUGAAACCCAAGACUCAUCACGCAGACGGCACAAACGUUACGUCACAGCGAAUUCCAAAUGGGAAAAGAAUGAUCUCACAUAUAGGAUAGAAAACACGACACCGGACCUGAGCCCCGGGAGGGUGCGCCGGAUCUUAAGUGAUGCCUUCAAGGUGUGGUCUGUGGUGACCCCCCUCACCUUCACAGAAGUCAUGCACUCAGAUGCAGACAUACUCAUACAGUUCUCAGAGGGUUACCAUGACGACGGAUACCCCUUUGACGGGAAAGGGUCUGUGUUGGCUCACGCGUUCUUCCCCGGAAACAGCAAGGGAGGAGACACUCACUUCGAUGACGCCGAGACGUGGACAUUUAACUCAACAGAUGGGGUGGAUCUGUUUAUGGUGGCGGCUCACGAAUUCGGUCACGCGCUCGGGCUUGCUCACAGCAGCAAUACGGAGGCGCUCAUGUAUCCAUGGUAUCAGGGCUACACUGACAACUUCCGGCUGCCUUAUGACGAUGUCCAGGGCAUACAGACACUUUACGGUUCCCCAAGCAAUCGUCUGCCAAACACUCCGCGACCCCCGAUCGUAGUGCCGGAUAAUAGGGACAGGGACAGAGGGGGUGAGGCGCCCAUCACCCCCCGCCCGACGCACCCACCUACCAAGGACGACACUCCAUGUACCGGAAAUAUCGACGCCAUCACUGUUAUACGGAAGGAGAUCUUUUUCUUCAAAGGAUCGAAAUUCUGGCGCCGAGGUCCCAAUGGAUUGGCAGCGAAGCCGACAGAGAUCAGCAAGUUCUGGUACAAUCUUCCCUCAGACGGUAUUGACGCCCUCUAUGAACGAUCCGACGGGAAAAUAACGUUUUUUAAAGGUGACCGGUUCUGGGUGUUCAGCAGUAACCACAUGGUUACCAACUUCCCGGUUGAGGGUCGUCGGAUCACGGAACUCGGCGUCGGCAAAAACGUGAAGAAGAUAGAUGCCGUCUUUACAUGGCCAUACAACAAACGCACUUACCUGGUGACAGGUGACAUGUACUGGAAGCUGAAUGCCAAGGAGGAUUUCAUCGAGUACGACUACCCCCGGGACAUGAGCAUCUGGAAGAACGUGCCCGUCCCCCUCGACUCCGCCUUCAAAUAUUGGGACGGGAAAACGUAUUUCCUCAAAGGGGAUCAAUACUGGGAAUUUUACGACAAUAAGAUGCGAACGCGGAAAAAGGACGGAAGGCCAAUUGGUCGUCUGCUUGGCUGCCAUAAUGGCGAACUGAAAAGCGACAUGACUCUUCGUUUGAGUGACGACCCAGACGACAAUGAGGACGAUGACAAAGGUUCAUAUAAUUCCGAACACCAGACACAACCAUCGUCGGCGGCGGCGUUAGUUACUUCAAUUUUAGUUUUAGUUUAUAUUCAAAUUGUGUUAAAACUUUUUCUUUGACGUAUGUAAAUUAUAAACUUUUGCCUUUAAACAAAAUUUUGUAUCCGUCGCGAUGUCUCAGAAAUGAUCCAAUGAACCAAGUAUUUUGCUCAUGAUUAUGUUUCUUUUAGUCAACAAUCAACGCAUGAAUCUCAUAUCAACAAUUGGAUUCAAAGUAUACCAUUUAUAGCUGAAAUCCUCAUUUUUAAAUUUGAAACUUUAUGAGUAUUGAGAUUAUGAUGUGUGUCCUAUUGUAUGUGUAAUAUGUUUAUAUUAUCAUAUAGAAUCUGGUUAUAAACAUACCUGAGUCAGGUUAUGGUGGUAAAACACAUCAAAUAUUUCGUGGAAUGAAGUCUUCAUCCAGUUGUCGUUUCUUCCAUUUUUUUUAAUUAAUACGGGAAGAAGGGACGUAUGUAUACCCCCAUCUCAACAACGAGCGUAUGGUUGUCGUUGUCAUCUGUUUUUCGAAUUAUUUAUUCUUGGUAGUAUUGGUAUAUACAGCUUUAUUGACUGAGUAUUCAUGUAAGACAUUCUUUGGUAAUUUGAAUGCAUUGUUUAUCUUAAUGAGUGUUAUGACUCACUGACAUAACAAACGAUGGUUUGUCAUGCGCUCGUUGAUUUGGGGCCCCAUUUAGGGCUUAGAUCUGGAUGCCAUAAAUAGCAUUUACAAAAGAGACAAUACAACCUCUUUCUUUUCAAAAUGUUCGACAAUUUUCGACAUAAAGCUUGGAAGUGUACUUAGACAAAGCAACUGUGGUACACCAUAUAUAGUGUGAAAGAUUUGUGUUCUUAUUUGUGUAGCAGUAUAAGAGUCAUUACAAUUUUACGCUCAGCGAAUCAUGCAUGUUCUUUUUUUAUUGUACAUCUGGCUGUAACUUAGUUACCAUUUUUCGUACAUUGUUCUUUACUCCAUUGGUAUAAAAUGUUACUUUAAGUAAUACUCAUUAGCCAUAGUCUUGCGUGGGAUUAUUUUGAUUAUAUUUCUUCCGUUUUGCCCCAUAUAAAAAUAAUGUGUUUUUUUUUAUCAUCAAAAUACUCAGACUACUGACUCCAUGUGUAUACAUGUACCAGCCUUUUACAUUGUGAAUUGCCAUGUUCUGUUGUAAAUGCUGUCAAGUGUUUCUGAUUUAUGGAACGAAAGUUGUUUGAGGACUUUUUAACUCACGGUCACAAUGAUGCAUGUACAUGUAAUUCGCUUUUUUAUUUAUCAUAAAAACUUAUAAUGUUGUGUACAUAUAUACCCUCAUUGAUGUGCCAUGUUUUUUUGUGAAAUUACUUAAAGAUUUACAAUGUUUUCAAAAAAGUCAUAUGAUAACUCCGUCGCACAAUCGAAAGUAUUGUAUAUGUCACAACAGACAGCUGUUUGUACAGCUAACUUAAUUCAUAAGAAUGAUAUUAAAACAUAUGAUAACAACCAACCAAGUCUACCAAGCAUUAUUAUUACUAGAAUAUCAGUUUCUUUAACAUUGCAGAUGAACAAAAAUGUUUGUAAGAACUCAAGGUCAUGUGUAUAUUUUUUUAUAAAUGUGCAACUUAUUUAUAUUGUUAAAUCUGUUUUUGUAUAUAUGGUUUGCUGUAUAUAUUUAGUUAUCUUUACCGAUUAUGUGUUAAUUUGCUCCUUGCCACACCUUGUUUGCGUUCUUCCACUUCGAUCCUGUAUAUUCGGCAAUAUUUUGUUUAAUUUAUUUGUGCUUUGUAUAACAUAAUAGUUUGCCUAAAACGAUGGUAUUAUGUGGACACGUUUUUAAACAACUAAGAAAAACUAGAAUCCGUUCCUUUAUACCCCAAAAGUUUAUGAGCCCAUUUGUGUUUCCAAUGUGCGUAACAUUGGUUAAUAUGCUUAUCAAUCCUAAGUUGCUAGUUUACAAUAAGAACCACAGUGCAAUAUUGUUGUGUAUUAAUUGUGAUUCAUACAUAUUCCAAUCAUUCUGCAGGUCAUAAAUUGAUGUAAAACAAUCCUUCUUAGUAUUUUAAUUUUAUUAUUGAUACAUGUGUUAUAAAAUGUACAAGAAAUAAAAAUUCAGAAAGGCCAUUUUUUUUAAAAAUAUAAAAAUAAAAUAAAUGUUAUCAGAUCAUAACAGAUGGAAUAGCAACUACAAUGCAUAACAGUCAAUUGUCAUUUAUAUUCACUCUUUUAAACUGAGCAAUGUAUUUAACAUAUAUGUUCUUACAGAAAUGACAUGUAAACUUCAUUCAUUAUAAAUAAAAAAAAAUAAAAAAAAAUA